AUGGGUAGACGUUUCAUCUGUGAUUAUUGUGACAAAUCGUUUCCAGAUAAUCCAAUUAAUCGAAGAAAUCAUCUUAAAGGUGUACAACAUCAACAAGCUCGUAAAUUACAUUAUGAUAAAUUUCUUGAUCCUAAAGAAAAACUUAGUAUAGAGAAAGCAAAGAAACCAUGUAUAACAUUUCGUAAUUCUGGUACAUGCACUUAUGGUCCAUUAUGUAAAUAUUCUCAUAUAACCAUCGAAGAGAUUCGUAUAUUAGAAGAGAAAUCUAAUGCUGAACUUCUUGCUUCAUCUUACUUAAAUCAUUUAACAUCUGAAGUGAAUAUUGAUAAUCAAAUUAAUAUAUUAGAAUCAAAAUUAAUAUCUAGGCGUGAUAAACAAUCAAAUUCUGGAUCAACUAAACAAUUUCAUAUUCCAGAAGGAAUACAACUAUUAUAUCUACCUCCGUCAUUGUCUUUACAUUAA